CGCGCCACAUGAAGUUUACCAAGUCGCCCACCCCGUUGAAGUUUGCAUGGAGCUUAUAAAACUCGUGAUCCCUGCUAACACUGCUGUUGCCAGCCGCAAAGCCUCGCAAGCGGAAACGAAUAGGUGUUCUUGCCGUCUGUGCGCCUGCUGCUGAAGCGUAGCAGACGACACACACGACCUUCGCGUUUGGUGACACCACUCGCAGCGCUGUUGCGCCGUCGUGGCAGACGCGAAGAGCCCUUCGCUCGUCUUAUCAGAGAAUAUCAUGGAGGAACGAAACACUCUUUUCGCCAGGCAUAGAUUGCUUAUCUUCAUGCGGAGGGCGGACAUCACGUGCGUACUCGCAACCGACGAGCGCGUAUCGUUCGUCGACGUGGUGUCUCGCCGGAGGCGUAGCCAACGUUAUUCGGCGCCUCACUUUGUUCGACUGAACCGGCGACGGAACGAGGGGGGAUGCCCGGCUCCAUGGCUUCCAGCAAAGGCGGCGCCGCGCCCUUUGGAGACAUCGUCGAAGUGGUGCAGGGCGACCGCAUCAGGCCGAAAGCCAUCUACCGCGGCCGACGGUUCCGGCUUAUGGCUGUGGACUCCACGCGUUAUAGGUGGCGCUGUUCUGUGUCUAGCUGCUCGUCGCGACUCAUGACCGACAAGUUCGGUGAGAAGCACGUGCUGUACAGCUUCAAGGAACACGAUGAGGACGAACACCGCGCUGCCGAAGGAAGGAGACAAUCCAAUAAAUCUUUCAGAAGUGAGAUAAUGAAAAAGGUCGGCGAUUUCCUCUACGUGCCGGAGAGGACUGUCGGAGACAUCAAGUGCUGGCGCUGCCGGUACAUCAGCUGCCCCGGACGGUGCCGCACCAGCCUCGACGGCGAGCAGCUGCUGCACGGGCCAACGGCACACACAUGCCAGUCACUCUCCCGGGAAGAGCUAGCCAGGCCGCCGCACGACCAACCUCUCUCGAGUCAAGACAUGCCUGCAGAUCUAAGCCAGGGUGUGAAAGGCACCGGCACAGGUGCUAGUGAACGCCAACAGGAGCAGCACGGAGACAAUGCAGCCGAGCUUGCAGGAUAUUUGUCAUUGCAUAGCCCUGAUGUUAUCUUCUGUGAAGAGUAUUCGCCUAGCCCUCCGGCAUCGUCGCCAGCCGUUAAUGUGAGUGCCACUAGAUCGGAUGGGGACAGCAGAUCAGCCCACGAGACCGCCUCGAGGACCGCAGAAGUAUCUGGAGUACCAGAGGAGGACGCAGGCCCAUCACAUCGUGUGCCGAGCCUAUUCGGCAGUCAGAAACAGACCAGCGGACCAGGGAAACCUAGUGCGGCAGCCACGUGUGUCGAGGAAGCCGACAUGGUUGAGUCAUUUCACGAUGGCAGCGAUGAUGACGCAUCGGACGAGGACGAAGGACGCCCUAGAAGAGGUGACGACGAAUACAACGAGGUCGAGGGGCAUUUGCGUUCGCGCUUGAGAUGCGGUGGUCAGACCAUCGGGAGUCCCGCGAAAUCCGUGCAAGCGCUGGAAAUGAUGUCCACCUCGUGCGCAUGCGCCGAGCAGAAGCUCCGAGUAGCUGUUUAUAAGCAGCUUUCCACCGUGCUAAGCAUGGAGGCAAAGUUGCUGAGGGAACAGAUGCGCAAUGAGGUCCGCAGAGGCAGGCUGCUCGAAAACCAGAUGAAGAAGGGCCCUCUGCGACAGAGUGAUUGUGCACCAGGCGGUUGGGCCGCCGCUCCAGCAACUGACACAAAGGCGUAUGUGAAAGACAGUAAGGCGCAACACAGCAGCUCGGUGGUCACUCAAUGAGAUGCAUGUGGGAAGAGUUGGCAGCUCUCGUUACCGCUGUUCGCGUCUGACUGCCACGUGUGUGCGGCCAUGGCUCUAAGCAGGGUGACAAAAAAAAACUGAAUAAUAAAGUGGGGAGAAUGUAUGGUAA